AUGGUCCGUGAACGGAAGGAGCAGCAGCAAGGAGAGAGUUUGGGAACCACAUUGUUGGGUAUGAUCAGAUUAUGUGGUGCUGUCACGAAGCAAGUCUACCUAGACGACAUAGUCAUUGACAAAAACACCUUGGAGGAGAAUAUGGAUCACUUAAGAAAGGUUCUCCAAGUCUUGCGGGAGAACGAGCUAUACAUCAAGAGGGGGAAAUAUGAGUUUGCGCAAUCAAAGGUGCACUUCUUAGACCACGUUAUUAGUAAUGGCAAGCUACGUAUGGACGAGGCUAAGGUACGUGCUAUCCAGGAGUGGGAGGAACCUAUAAAGGUAAUUGUGUUGAGAUCCUUCCUUGGCCUUGUUAACUACUAUCGUCGGUUCAUCAUUGGCUAUUCAACAAAGGCCGCACCAUUGACUGAGUUGCUAAAUAAGAACAAGCCAUGGGUUUGGACGGAGCAUUAUCAAAAGGCAUUUAAAGACCUCAAGGCAGCUAUAACAGAAGAGCCAGUCUUGGCAUUACCUAACUUUUCCAAGAUAUUUGAGGUGCAUACAGAUGCCUCGGAUUUUGCCAUUGGGGAUGUCUUGAUGCAGGAUAAGCAUCCCAUAGCAUUUGAGAGCCUCAAGUUAAAUAUGAAAAAGCAGCAUUACACAGUGCAAGAGAAAGAUAUGACUGCUAUUGUGCAUUGCCUUCGUACAUGGCGACAUUCGUAA